UUACUGGUGUUUACAUCUAGUCACGGAGAACUUUGUAACGGAUAGCAUGUCUGCGUCUAUAGUCAGAGCGACUGUAAAAGCCGUGAGCAGGAGGAAAAUUCUGCCCACAAGAGCUGCUUUGACGCUGACGCCGUCAGCUGUGAAUCGAGUCAAGCUGCUCCUACAGAACAGGCCAGAUUAUAUUGGACUCAGGGUUGGUGUACGGACUAGAGGAUGCAAUGGCCUUACCUACACCUUCGACUACACAAAAGAGAAGGAAAAGUCGGACGAAGAGGUGUUUCAGGAUGGUGUUAGAAUUUUCAUUGAGAAGAAGGCUCAGCUGACCUUGCUGGGCACAGAGAUGGAUUUCGUGGAGUCGAAGCUCACCAGCGAGUUCGUUUUCAACAAUCCCAACAUCAAAGGGACGUGCGGUUGCGGGGAGAGCUUUAGCAUCUGAAGAACAUUGCAUGUGGACACGAGGCGCACCUUUCUGCCGUGUAGAAUCCGAAGAGAAUCACUUUUUACCAAUUCCUGUUGGAAAUACGCACACUAUGUUACGAGAGCCUCUAAAACAAGAGAUUAAUAUAAUAUACUAAUGUCAGUAGAGCCACUGAUGCUUAGCAGCUCCACUUGCUGUCCUGUGAGCAAGUUAAAACUAUUUUCAUUUACCUCUCCAAAGCAGCACCAUUAACAACGUCAAGGGUUGGGUGGCUUAUGGUCAGUCGCCUUAGUGUGUGCUGUGUUAUAUUUUGCAAUAUUUAUUUGUUUGAUUUUUUUAACAGGGUGAGAUGAGGACUGUUGCUGUACAUUCACAGUUUUUAGGAAGAUUUUGUUGAUGUAUUGUCGACCUGUCUAAUAUGUUUGUAAAUAUGCCUCAUGGAACUGAAUGGAAAAUGGAACAGGGUUCGCAAGAAAGAAUCCGAACACGUCCACCCAGCUAAGAAAUAACUUUUAUAAUCCAGACAGUACAUUUGCCUCGACAUAGAUCUUUUGAAAAGCAUCUCGGACGCCACUGCCUGUACAGAGGCUGAUGUACUCUCGUUAGAUUUGAAUAAUCUGUAAUGAGGUAUGAAUUGUGUGCCAUAGAAUUGAAACGAGUGGAAGUGGGUUUGCGUGAUGUUUUCUGAUGUGUGCAGCACAGGAUGACGCUACAUUUCAAGCAGCGUUUUUGAUGCUGUUCAGUUAAUGUUAAAUCUGUGGUUGGAAAAAAAAAAAAAACAAUGUAUGUAUAUAUUUUCAGCAAAAGAAUGUCUUUUAACGCACAAUAAAUAUACAGAAAU